GUGAACGAUAUAUCAAUACUAUAGCGACGUUCGGCACGGCACAGCGGCGUGAAAUGACCUCCAAGCCGUGACUAUGGCCCCUAUAACUGUUGAAAGUGAGUCCACAGUCCUUGGGUACGGUACAACAUCGCGACUAACCGCCUUGUUAGAUGUGAAAAGGAAAGCGUCUGAGGACGCACCCUCCUCUCGCUCGAAGAAGGCCCGUACAGAGUCUCCCAGCCUCGAAGAUGGCGAUGUUACGAAACAGGAAGAGGUAAUUCCCAUUCCAUGCCUUCAUACCCUAUUCUGGGGCGGUUUCCGCCCGAUGAUCAUCUGUACCACGUCCCAAGCAACAUCUCUUCUGAUUCGGAUUCUACGAUAUGUUUUGCAUGUCUGGAACAAGAGUUAGCAUACUGUCGUUGCUUGUCGUUGCUUGAAAGGCUCUGCUCUGGGGAACCCGACACUAAUCCAGCCUCUACGCAGUCCGACUCGGAUCACGCUGAUCCUCCCAUCACCCCCACCCCUGUCGACUUUCCCGAUAAACCUGCCGUGAUCGAAGAGAAGGAGGGGGUGAUCGAGUUCAGAGUGGUCAACAAUGAUAAUUCACGAGAACACAACAUCAUCUUGACCGGGCUGAAAGGUAUAUUCCAAAAACAACUACCUAAGAUGCCGAAGGACUACAUUGCCCGUUUGGUUUACGACAAGACACAUCUGUCGAUUGCUAUAAUAAAGCAACCACUUGAGGUCGUGGGUGGCAUCACAUACAGGCCGUUCAACUCUCGUAGAUUCGCUGAGAUAGUGUUCUGCGCAAUCUCGUCGGACCAACAGGUCAAAGGCUACGGAGCACACCUGAUGGCGCAUUUGAAAGAUUAUGUCAAGGCUACAUCUCCUAUCAUGUACUUUUUGACUUAUGCCGACAACUACGCCAUUGGAUAUUUCAAGAAACAAGGCUUCACCAAGGACAUCACCCUGGAGAAGUCAAUAUGGAUGGGGUACAUCAAAGAUUACGAGGGAGGCACGAUCAUGCAAUGCAGUAUGCUACCAAAGAUACGAUACCUCCAGGUUCCACGCAUGCUUCAGAAACAGAAAGAGGCGGUCAUGGCCAAGAUCCGAGCAGUGAGCAAGUCUCACAUUGUUCAUGCUCCCCCAGCACAGUGGAAGAAUGGCAUCUGCGAGAUCGACCCAAUGUUGAUUUCAGCGAUCAAGGCGUCGGGCUGGUCUCCUUCCAUGGACGAACUUUCGCGGCAACCACGACAUGGCCCCAAUUACAAUCAGCUUCUUCACUUGCUUAAUGACAUGCAGAAUCACACAUCUGCAUGGCCCUUUGCCCAGCCUGUCAAUAAGGAUGAGGUGCCGGACUACUAUGAAGUGAUCAAGGAGCCGAUGGAUCUGUCGACUAUGGAAGAACGAUUGCAGAAUGAUCUCUAUCCAAGACCCGAAGAUUUCAUCAAAGAAGCCAAACUCAUUUUCGACAACUGCCGGCGUUACAACAAUGAAACCACGCCUUAUGCUAAGAGUGCCAACAAGCUCGAGAAGUUCAUGUGGCAGCAGAUCAAAAACAUCCCGGAGUGGUCGCACCUGGCUGAGUAGAACCCAGAACGGUUGAAGUAAAUCUUGCAUUAGCAUUGGAGCGUGGGAGGGACUGGAACUGGCGUUGGAAUGGAUGAAGUCCAUAUCAAUGGCAGGGUGGCUGGCUGAGUUUUGUAUUACAUGAUACCCCAAAGGCAUGACCUAGCUUUUAUGAACAUAACGAUGAAGACAUCAAUGAAGAACGUAGAUCUUAUUGGAUUUCAAACG